CAUCCGUCUAGGUCAGCGAAAUUGUCCCACUAUUUGUCCGCCAUCGCCGCCGGCUGCAUCGACCUUCACUUCUCCCAACCCCCGCCUCCUACGGACGGAAGAAUUCACCCUUUGCUCUCCCAUGAUAUACUAGGAACGAUGUCGAAACAAUAUCUCUCGUGUGGUUCCGCCGACGAUGCGCAUCCCAUUGACAUAUUUUCGCUGGCCGUAACCGACACCCAAGUGCUGUCGGCGUCCGGGGCCUCUGCGCUCAAGGUUCAUUCAACUGCAGAUCCCGAGUUUCCGCUUGUACAAUCAAUCGAUGGAGCCCACAAAGCUGGAUGCCACCAUGUGGUUACAAACGGAAACGGGUCGAGGGCAGUCAGCGUCGGAUUUGGUGGCGAAAUCAAGGUCUGGGAUUGUCACAAUGGAGCUUGGUCACAAGAUAAGGCCGUCUCAGUUGGUAGCACAGGAUCUGCCGAGGCUUGGGCCGUUUCUCUGUCGCAGGAUGGGCAAUACCUUGCCGGCGUUAGCCAGGAUGGACACAUCAAAGUCUGGGAUUUAAGUUCCAACGGUGAACAAAUCCGCGACUACGAAACCAAAGGGAGCUUUGGCACCUGCUUAGACAUGUCUGCGGAUGGCCGCUUCAUAGCCAGCGGGCAUGAGAACGGCAGCAUCUAUAUCUUCAGCACGGAAACGGGUCGCAUGCCAUUCAGCUUGUCUGGACUGGUAAAGCCUGUCAGGGCCGUUGCAUUUUCUCCGGGUGGUAAGUUUCUUGCUGCUGCGGGAGAUUCUAAGAUCAUCGUCCUCUACGACACAUCCUCCGGCGAGCAGGUCGCUAACUUCUCCGGGCAUUCGGCCUGGGUCCUCUCACUUUCUUGGAGCCUUACUGGAGAGUAUCUAUUGAGUGGAUCAUUUGACGGGAAAGUCAAAGUUUGGUCAAUCGAUACAAGAACCUGUGUUGCAACCCAUAGCGAGACCGAGAAAGCGAUUUGGAGCGUCAAGUGGGUUCCGAAGAUCGGGAGAUCAGAAGGGUUCGCAACGUCUGGUGCGAAUCGGAGCAUAGCAUUCUAUAGGGAGGCCACAGGAGGCUGACAUCCUGAAUGUACACCUGGGUCUUUCUCCGACUAUAUUGGGAUUGACACCUAGACGAGCUUUCUUUAUUUAACUGAUCAUGAUACCUAAAUUGUUGCGAUAAGUUGCUUUCGCUGUUUCCGACAUUGAUCCAUGGCAUCUAUUUACUGCACUAACAGGAAUGAGAGGCAAGGGCUUCCUGCGGGUUUAUUGCUGGCCAACCCAACAGUUACUUCAUGGUCUCAACAAAGAGUUUUCGCAUCCUUUUCAGGAAGGCACCAAAAUCACGAUCCUCGUUCAUAAUAUCCAGUUCUCGAUCAAGAGCCUCCCUGUCCAA